UGGGUGCUUGUUAACACGUUGGCUUGACGUGAAAACAGAUGACAAUGAUGUUGAUGUAGAAACCCGUGUUGUAUUUUAUACUUGCGUGCGACAGUGUAAAUACACCUUCCCCGAACCACUACUGAAAAUGCAAAAAAUUUGUGAUAUAGUUCGUGUGUUUUAAUGACUUAUUGAUAAACUUGUAUGGAGACUGUUGUGUUUAUUGGACAACCAGCGCGAUUUGUAUUGUAAAUGCAGUAUCGAACUACAGUUACCUCGUUAGUAAUUGGAGAGUGAUUUUUUAAAAUUUUCAAGAGAAAGAAAAUGGAUAUCACGCCGUUAUUUAAAGCCUGCGUCAAAACUGUACGGACAAAAAAUAAAGCGUUUGGAAUAGCCAUUGACAAGUCACGAAUUUUGCCUCGGCAUUCAGAGAAGAGCGAUUUUACAAUUAAGGUGAAGGAGCUGAUGGAACAAAUCACGCGCUUAAGACUUUUCUUGUUGAAACACAGAAAAGCAUACUUAAAUUUUACGAGUCAUUUAUGCGAUUCGCCAAGAAUGACGGAUGAGGAGCGUGAUGAGAUCGAGGUUGGUGCUGAACGCAUCAUUGGCAACUCUUCGUACCUGAUCACCAAACUGAAACGCGAGUGGAAAAACAAUGUUGGUCCAUCGCAGUUAAUGGAACAUCACCGAAUCGCGUUAGACCUAGUGGAAACAUACUUGAAGGCUGUGUGUGAGAUUUACUCUGAACAGAAGCUUAUGAGGGUCCGACGGACAGUGGAACACCAGAAACUGUCAAGAUUGGAACCAGAACGUGUGUUUACCUCUCCCAUAACAUCAGCUUCAUAUUCACUAGUGCGGACACAGCUAUCAGAUGACACAGAGUCAGCACAAGCACGUGAUCUUGCAACACCCAUUGAGAGCAUUAACGAAGAAAAUUUUGAGAACUAUAAUGCUGACCUGAGUGUAGAAGAACUUCAGAUAUUUCAGAGGGAAAACUUGCAGCUGUACAAUGAACUAAACACUUUGGCAGAUGAAAUACGGCAAAUUCAGAGCAGAGUAGUGCGGAUUGCAGAGCUCCAGGAUGUGUUUACAGAAAAGGUGCUCCAGCAGGAAGAAGAAAUUGAACGCAUUUCAACAACUGUGAUUGGGUCUACAGAGAAUGUGAAGGAAGGAAAUGAGCAACUACAUCAGCUCAUGCAAAAGAGUGCAGGUCUUCGUGCAUGGGCACUGUUCUUUUUCAUUGUCAUGUCCUUCUCCCUGUUGUUUCUGCACUGGUACCAUGACUGACUGUUGUUGCUAUUCUAUGAGUUUAUUGCGGUUUGGCACCUGGACAGGAAGAAGCAUGGAAGAUGUGUGGUAUAUUUCACCCUUUAUUCAAGGAAGAUUGCAUACCAUCUACACACUUUCAUCAUACGAAAACCAAUACUGAUGUUUACAAAUAUAUGCAUUUCAAUACCUCAUGUUUAUAUUCUGUAUGUCAAGAAGCUGUUACUUAUUUCUCAGUGCAUAUAUAUUUUGUGGUAACAAUGCUCAAAUUUGUGGUUCUUGUAUUUUGAAAUGACACUUAGUGUUUCUCUUGGUUUUAUACUUGUGGAAUUACUGAAUAAUUUAUUUUGAAGAAAUGUACAUUUUUGGAGCCUAACUUUUGCUGUUUUUUCUAAAUACUUAUUCAGUAUUCUGUGCUUUAGGUAAUUUUCUGUUUGUCUUUUUACACUGUAUUACACCAGUUACAAGGACAACCUCUUAAAAGAAAAGUGUUAACUCAUGAGAUGUUAUAGGCCACAAUAGUAUCAAUGAAUUAAUAAUAAUAAUAAUAAUAAGGAAUGAAACUGAAGCAUAUUUAUGUUCCAGAUGUUAAUAUUUCUGAUCAGAAAAUGUAAUUCAUUUAAGCCUCUGCUUCUCUAUAAUUCAAUGCCUUUCUCUUAUUGUGCGGAACAUGUACCUGACAGCUUAAGAGUAUUGUUUAUGUCUGAAAGAAUCAUCAGUGGUGGUUUCUUAGUCUCAUAGCAAACAUAAUCUACAUCAUUUGAUUCAGGUACAGGAGACAUGUCAAAACUGUGGUAAAAUUUCACUAUAAACAUAGAAUAGCUGAUGUUAACAAACAGCAUCAUAAUAAAGUUUUAAACAUGGCUGCAUGAUCAGCGACCAUUUACAAAUUAAUGUUAAAGCAAUUAAAGUCCUUGGUCACAAAAAUUAAGUAUUUUGACCUGGUUUCGGCACCUCUGUGAGUGCCUUCAUCAGAAAUUAAACAUUCAAAUUGGCCUACAAAAGAAGUACAAAAUUAUAGGAAUUUUUUUUUAUAUAAAAGUGUAAGUACUGACUGACAGUACAAGAAAGAAACAGUACUUACAUGUCAUGUAUAAAAUAAAUAUCAAGCGACAAAGCUUUAGUCACAAAAUGUUUUCAAGUAGAAUGCGUGGAAAGCAAGCCACUAUGAGCUGCUUGUAUAUGUCGAGCUACAGGUAGCAUCAGACUGAGGCGCCUGAGUUAACAACUGUGUGCAGGUGAACAUUGCACCAAGAGUGCCAUCUAGCAGCCGCAAGUACAAACUGGCUACUUAACAUUCAAAUGAAAAGACGAAUAUUAUGAUGAACAUUAUUCAGUACAUGAAGUAAAAGACAAUAUUUUGUUUGACAGCAGCAGACAAGGUAACAUUUUGCCUACAUCAGAGCUUAGAAGUACAGUUUAAAGGAUGAAAACACCAUUAUAUAAAAUACAAAGAAGGCUGAAUGACACAGCCUUUAGAAAAAAAAUAUAACAUGGAAUGCAGCCAAUAUAAACCAUUUAAUAAAUGAAAAAUUAUGAGUCAACAUAGGUACAAAAAACAUUUCGGUAACUGCACGAGGAAACCUGAAAUCAGAUAUCAAGUAACGACUUUAUACUGUAGAAGAAGUUUUUAAUACGUAAUUGUAGCUGCUCAUUGAGAAAGAGGCUACCAUUUUGAGAAAGAUGUUUAAAAAUUUCUAAUUCUUCUAGGAUAUCUAAUGUAUGCCCUUUCCUCUCGGUGUGCAAAAUGUUGAUAUUGUGAACAGAUUUAGGCACGUGACCUGUAAUCAAAAGCUGGUCUGCAAAAGACAAAUUUUGGGUGCUAGUGUCAUUUUUUCUUAAAAGAUGUUCUUUAUAUCUGGUUGUAAAGGCACACCCUGUUUGUAAGAAGAGCAUUUGCUGCGAAAAAUCUUAUAGAUGCCAGAGUUUUCCAAUGGGGAACAAGUCGAUUUUGAAAUUAUGAAUACAGUUUUUUUUUCCUUCUCUUUUUUUACUUUUAAAUGUUAAGUAGCCUACUUAUAUUUGUGGCUACUAGAUGGUACUCUUGGUGUAAUAUUCACCUGCCCGCAAUUGCUAAUGCGGGCACCUCAGUCUGUUGAUACCUGUGGCUUGACAUGUAUGAGUAGCCCAUAGUGGCUCAUCUCCCAUGUAUUAUCUUUUUUUUAAAUUGUUGUGACUUAAGUUUUCUCACUUGAUAUUUAUUUUAUAUGUGACAUGGAAGUACUGUUUCUUUCUUGUACCGUUAGUCAGUACUUACACUUUUAUUUUAAAAAAAUUCCCAUAAUUUUGUACUUACGUUACAGGCCAAUUUGAAUGUUUAAUUUCUGAUGAAGGCACUCAUAGAAGUGCCGAAACCAGGUCAACAGACUUAAUUUUUGUGCUCGAGGGCUGUAAUUGCUUUAACUUAAAUAUAGCAUAAUAUAAUAAUAAUACAGUUUUGUUAUAUAUACACACACAAUAAAAUCUAAAACUUAAUUAUCCCUUGCUCAAAUUAUCAUUGCAUCCUCUAUCAAUUGUUCUCUUGAAUAGUAGCAUUUCUCCCCUGGAUCUGUUGCAGCCUUGUUUUUAGAAUCUUUGAUUUCGUGUUAAAUAUGUUUUUAUCCAUUAACUUGUUAUAUAUUGUCAUCCCCGUAUAUUGUGGAGUCUAUGCAUAUAAUUUCAGUUGGUCUAUUGGCAGCAUAAAAUGAUUUUUAUUUCCCAUGUUAUAUGUGUGGUUAAAAUGGUUCUCCUCAAAUAAUUUUUGUCUGCUGUGUAUGAAGAUUAUAAUUUCAUAAAUGUAUGUGGAGAGAAUAGUUAGAAUUUGUAGUUUCCUAAAUAAUGGGCAACAAGAUUUGUUUGCUAUGCUUUACACAUGUAUCUCAUAAUUUUCUUCCACAAUUUCAGUGUUCGAGAUACAUUGUUAGAACAGUCGCAGAAAGCUGUACCAUAUAAUAUGACAGCUUUAAAAUAACUAUGAUAUACUAUUAAUCAUGUAGUCAAGUCCGUGGAAUUCACUAGUAUUUCCAUUGCUUAGUGCUUAGUUUAUUUGAUAGGAAGUCAAUAUGUGUAUUCCACAUUAUUUGAUAGGAAGUCAAUAUGUGUAUUCCAGCUUAAGUGCUUGUCCACAUUUAGUCCAAGGAGUUUGAUCAUGUCUUCUUCUUUUGUAAGUUUAUUGUUACGUUGUAUUUUAAGUUCCACUCAUUUCAAAUGCUUGGUUUUGAAAUGUGCCAUAUGGGUUUUAGCAAUGUUCACUUUGAACCCAUUUAACUGAAACCAGUUUUCUAGCAUAUCCAGCAUGCUUAUCAUGGAGCUUGGUUUUUUUCUGCUCUUUCAUCUUCAAUUAAAACAGAAGUAUUAUCUGCAAACAGAACUCGUGGGGAAUUUAUACUUAGGGGUAAGUCAUUUACGUCUAAUAGGAGCAGGAUUGGCCCUAAAAUGGAGCCUUGACGCACAUCUUGUGAUACUGUACUCCACUUAGAAUAGUAAUUCACUGCAUAUGAAAUGAUAGUUACUCUUUUUUUCUAUUGUGAAAGUGUGAUGUGAGCCAAUUCAAAGUAUUUGUCCUUAAUUCCAUAUUUGUCUGGUUUGUAGAUAAGCAUGGCAUGGUUCACAGAGUCAAAUUCUUUUGUAAGCUCACAGAAGAUACCUGCAACUUUUCUCAUCUGAACCAAUGAUUUGCAUAGCUUUUCAGUAAUUUCAUUCAUUCCAUCCAGAGUGUUUUUUCCUGGUUGAAAUCCAAAUUGGUUAUGUACUUGCAAUAAUAUUUUUUACAUCAAAAUUUUUGAUCGGGUUUGCACCUACUUUCUCUGACACUUCCCACAGGACUGGAAGAAUAGAAAUAGGGCAAUAGUUUCCCAUGUCUUCCUUCAACACUUUCUUGAACAGAGGUCUGACUUCAACGUACCUCAACACAUCAGCGAAGCAUCCCUGUUCAAAAGAUUGGUUGAAUAUUUUAGUUGGAGGAACUGCUAUUAUGUCACACAUUGAUUUCAUCCCUAUAGUGGGUGUCCCAUGCCACUCAGCAUAGUUUUUAUUUUUAAUAAUAAUAAUAAUAAUAUAACACUUUUCAGUCCUUUAUGUGACUUUUUUAAAAUCUGUUGAGAUACUCAGCUUCUUGAUGGAGUCCAAAGGGGUUUACUUUACUCUGAUUCUCUGCUACAUCAACAUCUGACUUUGCCACAUUUAUAAAGAAAUUGAUAUUUGAGCUUCUUUAAUCCUAGCUACAACUCUAACUCUGACUUUACCGUGAACAACACUGCCUUUGUCUCACUUUUAUGUUGCACAGUAAACAUUUUAUUUGCCAUUUGUUUGGCUGCCGUUACUUUGUUAACAUAGCUUUAUAAUGUUGAACAUACUCAGUAAAAUAUCUGUUUUUAUUACACUGGUCUGCAAGGUAUCAGAUGACUGAGAACUAAUAAAUAAAUACAUGGUUUAUUUGUCCAUAAUAACUUAACUGCCGUGGACAUUGUUUACAAACACAAGAACAUUAAAAAAGUUUAGAAGUAAAGAUUAAUUAUACACAAUAACAUUAAAAAUCCUUGAGGGAGUACAAACAUUUAUUAAUUAAAAAUUUCUUUAAUUUUGUCUUAAAUAUGUUUCCCUUUAACAUUUUUAUAUUAUUUGGCAAUCUGUUGUUAUAAACAUAUCUUCCAGCAGUAAAUGGUCUAUGAUCUGUUGCUUUUUUAUUACUAAAUUUUAUGUGGUAAUCCACUCUUUUUCUUGUGUUAUGAUUAUGACUGCUAGUAUGUUAUACUUAAUGAAAUAUUCUCUACAGGACUGACACUUACUAAUACAGUGAAACCCCACUUUUACACUUUUCAAGGGACUUCAAAAAAAUGGUGUAAAAUGCAGAAAGUGUAAAAAUUUGGAAAUAACGUUUUAUGUUGUAAAAGUUACGUAUAGGUUACCACCUUGCACAUUAUAUAUGGUAUAUGUACAUAACAGGCUUAAAAAGACUUGUCAGGGACUUGUUUAUUAUCUCAUGAAGGUUUAUUAUCUAAUAAAAACUGCUGAUGUAACUGGAACUGAUAACUGUCUGGGAAGUAGGAACUUUUGACUCAAUUUCAUAUGUCAUAAUCGAUGUUCUUGAAAGUCAGCAACUAUUAUUCCUUAUUUAAAUAAUGAAAUAAUGCACUAGUUAUGUAUUUUUUCAUGCUUAGCAUGACAUGUUUUGAGAAAUAUUUCUCGUCUGGUGCAAAUAUGUACACAAGUAUUUGGUGCAGUGUUUGAAUGUGUGUUAUUCUGCAUCUUUUGCACUAUAGUCAUCUUUUUGAGGUUAUCAGGUACUGCACCUCAUCAGUCAUCAGUUAUUUAUAAAAACACACACACACACAAAACAAAACUGUCACUCAUAUUGUUUGUUUGUGUAACAUCACAAAAAAUACCAAUGUAAAUACUGCACUUGACAAUGAGAAUAAAUUCUUGAAACACGUUUUGCCCAGCAUAAAUAAAAUACAUAACCCACGCUGUGUUUAAACUAAAAACAUUUGAGCUUCACAAGGUGAAUGAUGGUGUCAACUAGCUUUCCAAGUGGCCGUAUGCCUAAAUACUCUAAAUAUGGUUCGACAAGGGUGUCACAAUAAUCACAACAAUCAAGAAACUGUGUUUGCGCAGUAGAAACAGUUUGGAAACGAUUGUGAUUGGUCGCAAUAUCUUCAUUCGAAUGAACC